CGCUAGUCGGACGUACUUUUAUCGAUUUUGCUCGCGAAAGAUAGUUUUUCUAAAAACUCGCUUAAAUAGAAUGCCGGCUAUUCGGAAAUGUCGCGUUCGCGGCUGCGUCAACAGCAGCUCAUCCCACAAGAUGUUUGGAUUUCCACAGGAGCGCCAGCUGGCCAAGAAGUGGAAGGAGAACAUGGGACUCACGCUUCUGGAUGACCUGCCCCGAACGAAUGCAUACCUCUGCGAUGUCCAUUUUGAGAAGGAGGCGGUGGGAACCAAACUUCUUCGGAAGGAUGCGGUUCCCACCCUUCAUAUGGAUUUUUGUCAACAAUAUGGCUGAUGGUUGCCUCGAAAGGAAUCUGUCCGUGCAAUUUUGA